AUGAAGCUUUGGGCCACCAAUGAGGCUUGCGCCAAGUCCAAGUUCUGGUAUUUCCUGAGGAAGCUGAAGAAGGUCAAGAAGAGCAAUGGCCAAGUGCUUGCCAUUAAUGAGUCAAUGUUGUUUUGGGGUGGGGAAGUGGUUCCUCCUCAAUUCUCCUCCUGGCUUAAUCCAAUUUGUUGCCAAAGAUAUGUUGGGGAGGAUUGUGACGGCAUAUAUGAAACUAAGCACUAA